GGUGAUUUAAAAACAAACACUCAGAGUGAAGGCCCCAACGCCGUCACGUGGGGAGUUUUUCCGGGUAAAGAGAUAAUUCAGCCAACCAUCGUUGAAGCUGUAAGCUUUAUGGCUUGGAAGGAUGAAGCUUUCGAACUCUGGAAUGAAUGGGCAAAAAUUUAUGAUCCAGACUCAGUAUCUGCAAAGUUGAUUACUCAAAUUGCUGAUAAUUGGUAUUUGAUUAACAUUGUACAUAAUGAUUUUCAUGAUGGUAGUGGCAUUUUUCGCAUUUUUGAACCGGACGGUGUUCCAGAAUUAGUGGAGGCUGAUCGUUGA